CCCCGGGCAGUUCCCAUGCCCAGGGCUCUGCUGCGGCAGGACUGGCUGAGCCAAAGGUGCGGCAGCACCAGCCCUUUGCCCCGGGGACCACAGGGAGGUGGAGGACAAGGGGCAGGGGAAGGAGUUUCCGCUGAUUGGCACCUUCUCCCCGCCCCCUCUCUUUCUGAUCCAGCUGACCUUCGCCCCAGAUCCCAGAGUCUAGGGCCGCCCCAGCGGAGGUGUGGAGAACAGAGGCCGCUGGGAUUGGUCAGAGCCCAGCAGGGGUGUGUCCUAGGCGCCCACAGCCCGGGCGCUGAGCGGAGCAGGUGGACUCCCCGGAUAGAUCAGCAACAGCCUGGCAGCUGCAGGCCUGUCCCUGCCCUCCAGACAUGGCCCCAGGGCCCCUCGAUCCCUAGCCCUGUGACCCUCCAGGGGUACAGGCAGCCUGAGCGCCACCACCCCAGGGUCUGUGCCAUGCCCCUGACCCGGGCAGAGCCGGCUGCUGGCACAGAGGACACGAGAGCGGUGUCCCCGGCUGUGGACCUGGUGCUGGGCGCCUCGGCCUGUUGCCUGGCCUGCGUCUUCACCAAUCCCCUGGAGGUGGUGAAGACUCGGCUGCAGCUGCAGGGGGAGCUGCAGGCCCCGGGCACCUACCCUCAGCCCUACCGGGGCUUUGUGGCCUCCAUAGCCGCCGUGGCCCGAGCAGAUGGGCUGAGUGGCCUGCAGAAGGGGCUGGCCGCCAGCCUGCUCUACCAGGGCCUCAUGAACAGCGUCCGCUUCUAUUGCUACAGCCUGGCCUGCCAGGCCGGCCUCACGCAGCAGCCAGGGGGCACCGUGAUCGCAGGUGCGGUGGCUGGGGCCCUGGGAGCCUUCGUGGGGAGCCCUGCUUACCUGGUCAAAACGCAGCUGCAGGCCCAGACGGUGGCCGAGAUGGCCGUGGGGCACCAGCACCACCACCAGAGCCUCCUGGGCGCCAUGGAGACCAUCUGGCGGCAGCAGGGCCUGGCAGGCCUGUGGCGGGGUGUGGGCGGGGCUGUGCCCCGAGUCAUGGUUGGCUCUGCUGCCCAGCUGGCCACCUUCGCCUCGGCCAAGGCCUGGGUGCAGGAGCGACAGUGGCUCCCGGAGGACAGCUGGCUGGUGGCGCUGGCCGGAGGCAUGAUCAGCAGUGUGGCGGUGGUGGCCGUCAUGACCCCCUUCGAUGUGGUCAGCACUCGGCUGUACAAUCAGCCCGUGGAUGGAGCUGGCAGGGGCCUGCUGUACCGGGGCCUGGCGGACUGCCUGGUGAAGAUCUGGCGGCAGGAGGGACCCCCUGCUCUCUACAAGGGCCUGGGCCCUGCCUACCUGCGCCUGGGCCCGCACACCAUCCUCAGCAUGCUCUUCUGGGACGAGCUGCGGAAGCUGGCCCGAUAGGGGGGUCCCGGGCACCCCGGCGUCCCUCACUCCACAUCCUGACACAGCCCGUCACCCCGCUCCGGCUGGGCAUGGCCCUCUCUCCAGCCACAGCCCAGGCUCUGCCCCAGGUCUGGGGCGUGUGGACAGCCGGUCCGCCCGGCCCCGGGACCCACCAGCCUGCUGCAAACCACCACCUCUGCUCUCCAGAGGUCCUCCCCCUUCCCUCCCUUCUCUGCCUGGGGGGCCUUGUCCCAGGGCCGUCCUCACCGUGAUCAUGACUGCCCCGAGCGAGGGCAACCAGGAGGUGGGUCCCGUACCUGCAUCCGCUGCUUCCACCGGAAACCACAGGGGGAGUGACAGACCUCUCACCAAGGAGCAAGCCGAGGCUCGGAGGGUGGAGAGCUUUGAUCGAAGCCACACAACAGCGCUGAGAUGGCAGAGCCAGGACUGGAGCCACCUUGCCCAGCCCAGAGCUGUGCCCUUGGCAAGUUCCAGCACGCGGGCGGAGUGUCCCCUCGGGAUCACUGCACACGGGAGGAGACCCUGCGUGCCCGGAGGCGUGUCCUCUCCGUGGCAGUCGGCCAGGGCUGCCGGGACAAACCAGGCGGCUGUUUCUCCCAGUCCUGGAGGCCGGAAGUCCAAGAUCCAGGGGUCAGCAGGGCUGGUGUCUUCUCAGGCCUCUCUCCUUGGCUUGAGACGGCUGACUUCUCUGCGUCCUUCCUUCUGUGCGUGGCUGUGCCCCAGUCUCACCUUCUAGGACCAGUCAUAGGGGACUAGGGCCACCCGAGUGACUGCAUGUCAACUUCAUCACCUCUGUAAAAACCCUUCUCCAACUGCAGCCACACUCUGAGGUCCUGGGGCGGGGGGUAGGACUUCAUUAUAGUGAGUUGGGGUGCAGGGGGGACACAAUUCAGCCUGCCACAUCAACGCUGGUUCUACUGAGGCCCUCCCAGGGCCCAGCCCUGCAGGCAUUCGCACGGGGCCUCAUGGCGAACCACAGCCCAUGGUUCAAUGAGGAGACUGAGGCCAGGCUGGGGGAGUGACUGGCCCAAGGGGAGUAGCAGAGCCAGGCGUCCUCCUCCAGCGUUUCCUCCGAGCUGCAGCCACACUCCCCGCGUGGGUGUCCCUAAGGCCGCGCUGACCUCUGUGCUGCGGAGGUGGACACCAGGCCCCUGGAGGGGGAGCCUGGCCCAGGCCCAGCAGCCUGAACUGCCUUCCCUGCCAACACCCGCGUCGUGGGAAAGCUGCUCGGGGGGCACGCCUACCAACACUCCAAACCAAUAAAGUUUUCUAUUUUCUUUA